AUGCCGUUGGUGAAGAGAAACAUAGAACCGCGUCACCUCUGCCGCGGAGCCCUUCCAGAUGGGGUUACCAGUGAGCUGGAAUGUGUGACCAACAGCACUUUAGCCGCCAUCAUUAAGCAGCUGGGGAGCCUCAGUAAGUUUCUGAUGAGUUUUGCAUCUUAGAGAAGUUUGAGUGCUGUUCAGCUGGCAGAAAAGGGCUUGCAUGGGGUUUAAACAGAGUAAGGGAACUCUAGAUUCCUAGACUAUCCCUGUAUCUUUAACCUCUAUGCUGGCUUCUCUCUAUCCUUUGAGGUUUAGACUGAUAUGGCUUAGGUUGCAUUCUGUUUACAACUUCCUCCUCCUCAGCACACUUACUCUGGAUCUCGAGGCACGAGGUCAUCUUGAAUCUACCUCCUGAGAACUAAGGGGCAAGCAUGACUUCUUUGUUUCUCCAACUAGUCAGUUAGGUCUACAUAACUCUUUCCUAUAAAAAUUGUGCUUCCUUUAAUAAGCAUAAGCUUCCUUAUCUUAUACAAAGUGUCAUUCUGAAUACCUUUUAACUAAUGGUGUGCUCCAAGCAGGCAUUAUUUUAACUAAAAACAUGUGUGUCCUGUACCAGGCCUGAGGCUGCAUCCAGAUAUGAGUGUUUCAAAGUUCUGAAAGCAAUAAGAGGGAGCAAUUAUUGCCUGCACUGUAGGGAUUGGCAAAUGAUAGAUCGGGAUAUGCUGGGAGAUUCUCUGGAUGAUUUGCAGUAGAUUGUCAAGGAUUUCUGACUCUCAGUUGUUUAAUAACAAAAUGACUCCCUUCCUCCCCUAAAUUAAAUUGCUGAAAUAAAAGAAGAUUAAGGUAUCAUGAGUGGUGUUUUACAUGGAAGGACUGAGUCUCAUUUUGUUCUGAUACUCAUUACAAAUGCUGGUGUGAGAAUCCUUUAAUUUUGAGUCUUUUGCACCACUCUGGUUAGUGGAUCUUGGAGUUCUGCAAAAACCCCAAGUGGGACAGAACAGUGGGACAGAACUAAAACAUGCAUAUUUCUUUAACUUGGGAAUGAGAAAAUUGCAGCCCUCUAGAUGUUGUUGGACUCCAGUCCCAUCAGCCCCAGCCAGCAUUUCCACUGAUCAGGGAUCAUGGGAGUUUUUCCAUUUUAAAAAUCUGAUGAUGUGUCCGCAUGACAAACUUAUAUUGGGUUUAUGCCAGCUGAACAGUCAUCACCCUGGAGAGAUGCUGCCAGUCAGUGUCAACAAUACCAAGCUAGGUUCAGUGGUGCUGAAUAGAACCAUCUCUGUGGCAGCAUCCUGUUUCUGGAAUGAUAGUAUAGUAGGGGUGGAUAAUCUUGUUUGGCCCUCCAGACGUAUCUUACUGGCCCCUGGGACUCUACCCAGGCCAUGUAUAUUUAUGAGGCUGCACCUCUCACCAGUUCUGUUUUUUUGUGUCUUCUUGAACUGUGAUAAUGCUUCUUGCUUGUCUGGAUGGAGGGUGUGUGUGUGUGUGUGUGUGUGUGUGUGUGCGUGCAUGCAUAGAAGUAUCUGACAAUGUAGCCUCUCACCUGUUUCUCUGCCCACUUUUGCCUCUGUGGCCCUCAGAAGCUUGCCUAUAGGGGAAUGUGGUCAAUGGAAUGAAAAGAAUUUAUUCGUUUUAUUGCCUGCUUAAGCCUGACGGAAUAGAAGAGCUUUCAGCAGGCAUUUAAAGGUUGGCACAGGAGGCGCCUGCUGAAUCUCCAGUACUGAGUAUUCGACAGGACUGGGCCAAUGACACUCAAGGCUCAGUUUCUUGCUGUUGUCAGAAGAGACUCACCAACCUGGGGAAUGACCAAGGACACUCCUGAAGAUGAUCUCAGUGACAGAGCUGGGGCAAAAAGGGUUCAGGCGCUCCCUGAGGUACCCAGGAGUCAGGACCCAAGUUGUUCUGGGCUUUGUCAGUUAAUGCAAGGACCAUGAACUUGGCUCAGUAGUAGAUGGGCAGCCAGUGUAGAUGUUUUAACAAUGGAAUCACAUGUUCUCACCCCUGCCUGAUAGGCGCCAGCACUGUUAUAAUUUCAGUGCCAAAUAAUCUACCUGCCAAAUGAUCAGUGCCAAAUGAUCUAUCUGACCCCUCUCCUCUGUUUUUAGCUUUCUCUGUUUUUAGCUGCCUCUGCUGGUAGGUAGGUGGUGGUGGUGUUAUUCUUUUACACAUCUUUUUAAAAUUGUUCUUAUCCGUAAAAAUAUAAGAACAUAACUAAAAACAUAAAACUGGGAACUUAAUCUAAAACAAAAAUAAAAAGAGGCACAGGGAAAACCACACAUGAAUUAUUUGGUGUCCACUUGGAUGUCACACAGUGGAUGGGGUGCGAAGCACAAUGUAGGGCAGUCAGUCUGGCUAUGGGCAAGUGCUGAGGGCAAGUGAAGUUAGCUGAGAUUGAUAGCAAGGAAGGGCAAUGCACAUCAAUAAGUAAACAUGGACUUUUAAAAGGGGGCUAGACACAUUCAUGGAAGAUUAGCCUGCCAAUGGCUGCUAGGCACAAAGACUCCGUAGAAACUUCAGCCUCAAAGGCAGUAUAUGCCUCUAAAUUAUUUUAUACAUCAUUAAAUUUCUAUCCCACCUUUCCUCCAAUGGGUUCAAGACGAUGUAUAUGGUCCCCUCUCCCCAUUUUAUCCUCACAACACCCCUGUGAGGUAGGUUAGUCUGAAAGGCAACUAGUGGGCCACAGUCACCAGUGAUCUGGGGAUUUGAACUCUGGUCUCCCAGACCCUUGUCUGACACUCUAACCACUAGGACACACUAGCUUAAUUACCAUUUAUGAGAAAUAACAGUGAGAGAGGCAGGGCUGGUGUCAAAGUUCCACAUGAUCAAGGCAAUUUCUUGAGGGUUCACACCAUAAAAAGAGGACCACUGGUAGGAGCACCUAAAGCUGCUCCUUCUAUUCACUAUGGCAACUUGCUAGCUUGUUUUCCUACUUCUUGCUGUGGCCCAGACAGUGGUGGUGAGAAUGAAGAGCUGUAGAUGGCUUGAUUUGAUUGCUUACCUGCUUUCUGCCUGGCAAGCAAGCAGCUGGUAACAGUGAGAAGGAAGAGGAACAGCAUCACCCCCAAAACACAUACCUGUUUACCAGAAUUGAUAAACUCCCCAACAUCCAGACCUGGGAACCACUCACCCACAGUCUCCAUCUUAUCAGGAUCCAGUCUGUUGGCGCUCAGGCACUGGUUCAAAACAGUCACAGUGUCUCUUGAUUCAGAUGUCACAGUGAAAUAGAACUCAGUUUCGCAGUACUGUAUACCGAUGGCACCAUGACCACAUUCACACCAUACAUUUAAAACACCAUGUUACCACUUUAAACAGUCAUGGCUUUUCCUCAAAUAAUCUUAGAGGUUGUAGGUGCUGAGAGUUGUUAGGAGACUCUAUAUUCGCCUCCCAGAGCUACAAGUGCCAGAGUGGUUUUACAAUCAGGCUGUGGGGGGGAAUAUUGGGGGCAGCAAUACCGAGAAUUAUUGGGGAGAAACCAUAGUGCUUCAAAUAUAUAGUGUGAAUGUAGCCCAUGUCCCAAAUCUUCCAGUGAUAGUUCUUAGUGGCUUUAUAUAGAUAUUAAACAGCACCGGGUUGGGUGUGCAGUGUGGGAAUGGGACAAAAUAGCCAUUUGCAGCAUCCCACAGCAACACUUCCAGGGAGUAGACACACAAUUCUCCAAGACAAUUCUCUGAACUCAAUCCCAUAAGUAGCAGGGGGUAAAGGUAAAAGGUAAAGGACCCCUGGAAGGUUAAGUCCAGUCAAAGGCGACUAUGGGGUCGCGGCGCUCAUCUUGCUUUCAGGCCAAGGAAGCCGACAUUUGUCCACAGACAGCUUUCUGGGUCAUGUGGCCAGAAUGACUAAACUGCUUCCGGCACAUCGGAACACUGUGACAGAAACCAGAGCGCACAGAAACACCAUUUACCUUACUGCUGCAGCGGUAACUAUUUAUCUACCCGCUCUGGUGUGCUUUCGAACUGCUAGGUCGGAAGAAGCUGGGACAAAGCAACGGGAGCUCACCCUGUUGCAUGGAUUCAGAGCCCAAGAGUCUCAGUGAUUUGGACACACAAUUCCCCAACACAAUUCUCUGAGCUCAAUCCCAUAAGUAGCAGUGGAACCACUGCAAGACUGUGCCACCAACUCCCAACUCAUGGUGUGGUCCAGGAGGAUACCAUGGCAAAGGGAUCUAAAGUUGCUAAGACCAAGAGCAACAGGCUUUCUUACACUCCCCAUUCCUCUCCCAGCAAAAGCCAUCCACCACCACCCUCUCAUGCAUCUUUCUCAUGCAUCUUUCCUCCAAGGCAGUAGUUGUCAAAUACCUCACAAUCUAGAAAGGGCUUUUUUUAGGAGCUGCCACACUGCCUCUUUCUUCAGGACAUUGGGUACUAUCUCCUUUUGCAAAGAUGCGUUAACCAAGCUGGACUAACGCGCGCGCACACACACACACACACACAUAUACACACACACACACACAUACACACAUAGCAAGCAUGAGUAAGCCAAGAUGAGCAUGUUGUGAGCCAAACUGCGACAAGCAUCGUGUCCAUGUCCUCAGGUGAGGAGGUCAACUUGUGGGCCACCCAAAAGACAUAUCUUUGGCCACUGUGGAAGAGACAGUGCUAGAGUAAGGCCACAUGCACACCAUACAUUUAAAACACUUUCAUACCACUUUAAAAAGUCGUGGCUUCUCCAAAAGAAUUCUGAGAGCUGUAAAGGGUGCUGAGGGUUGCUAGGAGAUCCUUAUUCCCUCAGAACUAUAAUUUGCAGAGUGGUUUAACAAUCCAUCUUGGGAACUCUGUGAAUUGUAGAUCACUGAUGGGAAUAGGGGCCUCCUAACGAUUCUCAGCAUCCUCAACAAACUACAGCUCCCAGGAUUCUUUGAAGGAAGCCAUUAAUGUAAAGUGGUAUCAUAGUUCUUUAAUGUAUGGUGUGAAUGUGGCCUAGACAGGCCUUUGGACUGAUUUAGCAGCCAGCUCUUCUUCUGUUCCUAACCUUUUCACAAGGUGUACUGGAAAAUUCUUUUUGAUAAAGUAAGGGAGAUUUUAUGGCACUGCUGAAAAUGUUUGCGCAAAACUGUUAGUUGUUUUGACCUAGUGCAAGUCUGAAUAAAAAAGCAUGGCUACUCCACAAGGCUUGUAAACUACAAGAAAGACCAUUUUCUUAUGCUUUGAUUGAGUGAGCAUCCAAUAACAGGCCUGCAUAAUGCCUGCCCAAACUGCUAGCCGGGCUAGAUCCACAAAGGGUGACAAUUACCUCCUGUUUUGCAGCUUCUUUUAUUCUUUUUUCAAUACUGUGUGUUAUUUGGAGUCGCUUCCUCAGGCGAGCACAUGUGACUGACAAAGCAUGCCCCUGUGUUGCUGUCUUGUGGAACAAGACUAGCAUUGUAAUUUUCCGGAGAGACAUCUCUCUCUGAAAAACCCUCUGUUUGGCCCAUCAAAGGGAUCUGAAGCAAAACUAAAUCAAAGUGAGACUGCAUGUGGCAGUUUGUGCUGGUGGAGUUGGCUCAGAGGGUGUUUACACUGGAUUUGUCAUCUUUUCCAGUCAUAUUUUUGGCUUAUAAAUUUUGUUUCUCAGUAUGUUGUAUGGUGAUUCACAUGGUUCUCUAAAGGCUUGAGUAAAUGUUAGUAGGCAAAAAAGGACUUGCAAAAGCAAGUGUCACCAAUGUGGCAGUCAUGGGCACAAUUACUUUUAUAUUGUAAUGGCACCCUUGAGGUCUUCCCCUGGUGCCCUCAAAGCCUCUGGGCUUCUCCACUUGCAGCCAUGGUGCUGAGGGUGGUUACCUCUGCUCCUUUGGAAAAGUGGGGUAAGCAGUCUCAUAUAACCAGCAUCCUUAAGUGUAAUUAAUGCAUGAAGGGGUUCAGACCAUAGAGUAAAUUCUCCUGCCAGGCCUAGGCCAGGUGGGUCCACAGAGCUGAAGGAAGUUGGAAGAGUGAAUCUAUUUCCAAUUUCCUUUUAUAGCUCUAUAUGCCAUCGUUCUUUCUUUCUUUCUUUUUCUUUUUAAAUUAUAAAUUGUUUACUAAGGAAUUAAUAAAAAGACAAGACUUCUACCUAUUAACAUGAAAGUAAAAUAAAAAUAAAUAAAAUAAUGGAAACUGCCGUAUUUUUCGCUCCAUAAGAAGAACCUGACCAUAAGACGCACCUAGUUUUUAGAGGAGGAAAACAAGAAGAAAAAUAUUCUGAAUGAAACAGUGGAUGUAUGAUUUUUGUAGUUAAUGCUGUGGCCACAGACAUGUGAUUUGACGAUAAGUUUGGGUUAGCCCAAUGCAAAAAUCCUGAGGAUCCAUGUGGAUCCGUGCUUUGUAACCAGGUUUUUGCGCCAUUGCGGCCCCACACAAUAGUGGGUGUGUGGUUUUUUGGGUGCAGGCUGUAGCCCUAGACAUGCAAUGUGAUCUGAUGGUGAAUUUGGGGUGACCCAAUGCAAAAAUCCUGAGGAUUCAUGUGAAUCCGUGCUUUGUAACCACGUUUUUGCGCCAUUACGGCCCCUCCCAACAUUGGAUGCAAGGUUUUUUUGGUGCUGGCUGUAGCCCUAGACAGGCUAUGUAAUCUGAUGGUGAAUUUGAGGUGACCCAAUGCAAAAAUGCCGAGGAUCCAUGUGGAUCCGUGCUUUGUAAACACGAUUUUGCCCCAUUUCAGCCUCACACAACAUUGGGUGCGUGGUUUCUUUGGUGCAGGCUGUACCCGUGAACAUGCUAUGUAAUCUGAUGGUGAAUUUGAGGUGACCCAAUGCAAAAAUGCUGGGAAUCCAUGUGGAUCCGUGCUUUGUAACCACGAUUUUGCGCCAUUGCGGCCCCACACAACAGUGGGUGGGUGGUUUUUUUGAUGCAGGCUGUAGCCUUAGACAUGCUAUGUGAUCUGAUGAUGUAUUUGAGGUGACCCAAUGCAAAAAUCCUAAGUAUCCAUGUGGAUCCGUGCUUUGUAACCACGUUUUUGCGCCAUGGCAGCCCCACACAACAGUGGGUGCGUUGUUUUUUUGGUGCAGGUUAUACCCAUGAACAUGCUAUGAGAUCUGAUGGUGAAUUUGGGGUGACCCAGUGCAGAAAUCCUGAGGAUCCAUGUGGAUCCGUGCUUUGUAACCACGAUUCUGCACCAUUGCGGCCCCACACAACAAUAGGUGCGUGGUUUUUUGGUGCAGAUUGUACCCAUGAACAUGCUAUGUGAUCUGUUGGUGAAUUUUGGAUAACCCAAUGCAAAACUCCUUAGGAUCCAUGUGGAUCUGUGCUUUGUAACCACGUUUUUCCGCCAUGGUGGCCGCAAACAACAGUGGGUGCGUGGUUUUUUUGGUGCAGGCUGUACCCAUGAACAUGCUAUGUGAUCUGAUGGUGAAUUUGGGGUGACCCAAUGCAGACAUCCCAAGGAUCCAUGUGGAUCCGUGCUUUGUAACCACGUUUUUGCGCCAUUGCAGUCCCACACAACAGUGGGUGCAUGCUUUUUUUGGUGCAGACUGAAGGCCUAAACAUGCAAUGUGAUCUGAUGGUGAAUUUGGGGUGACCAAUGCAAAAAUCCCAAGGAUCCAUGUGGAUCCCUGCUUUGUAACCACGUUUUUGCGCCAUUGCGGCCCCACACCACAGUGGGUGCGUGGUUUUUUUGGUGCAGGCUGUACCCAUCAACAUGCUAUGUGAUCUGAUGGUGAAUUUGGGGUGACCCAAUGCAAACAUCCGGAGGAUCCAUGUGGAUCCGUGCUUUGUAACCAUGUUUUUGCGCCAUUGCGGCCCCACACAACAGUGGGUGCGUGGUUUUUUUGGUGAAGGCUGUAGCCCUAGACAUGCUAUGUAAUCUGAUGGUGAAUUUGGGCUGACCCAAUGCAAAAAUCCCGAGGAUCAAUGUGGAUCUGUGCUUUGUAACCACGUUUUUUCCGCCAUUGCGGCCCCACACAACAGUGGGUGCGUGGGUUUUUUGGUGCAGGCUGUACCCAUGAACAUGCAAUGUAAUCUGAUGGUGAAUUUGGGGUGACCCAAUGCAAACAUCCCGAGGAUCCAUGUGGAUCUGUGGUUUGUAACCACGUUUUUGCGCCAUUGUGGCCACACAACAGUGGGUAUGUGGUUUUUUGUGUGCAGGCUGUAGCCCGAGACAUGCAAUGUGAUCUGAUGGUGAAUUUGCGGUGACCCAAUGCAAAAAUCCCGAGGAUCCAUGUGGAUCCGUGCUUUGUAACCACGUUUUUUGCGCCAUUGCGGCCCCACACAACAGUGGGUGCGUGGUUUUUUUGGUGCAGCUUGUACCCAUGAACAUGCUAUGUGAUCUGAUGGUGAAUUUGGGGUGACCCAUUGCAAAAAUCCCGAGGAUCCAUGUGAAUCUGUGCUUUGUAACCACGUUUUUCCGCCAUGGCGGCCCCACACAACAGUGGGUGCGUGGUUUUUUGGGUGCAAGCUGUAGCCCUAGACAUGCAAUGUGAUCUGAUGGUGAAUUUGGGGUGACCCAAUGCAAAAAUCCCAAGGAUCCAUGUGGAUCCAUGCUUUGUAACCACGUUUUUUCCGCAAUUGCGGCCCCACACAACAGUGGAUGCGUGGUUUUUUUGGUGCAGGCUGUAGCCCUAGACAUGCUAUGUAAUCUGAUGGUGAAUUUGGGCUGACCCAAUGCAAAAAUCCCGAGGAUCCAUGUGGAUCUGUGCUUUGUAACCACGUUUUUUCCGCCAUGGCGGCCCCAAACAACAGUGGGUGCAUGGUUUUUUUGGUGCAGGCUGUAGCCCUGGACAUGCAAUGUGAUCUGAUGGUGAAUUUGGGCUGCCCCAAUGCAAAAAUCCUGAGGAUCAAUGUGGAUCUGUGCUUUGUAACCACGUUUUUUCCGUCAUUGCGGCCCCACACAACAGUGGGUGCGUGGGUUUUUUGGUGCAGGCUGUAGCCCUGGACAUGCAAUGUGAUCUGAUGGUGAAUUUGGGCUGCCCCAAUGCAAAAAUCCUGAGGAUCAAUGUGGAUCUGUGCUUUGUAACCACGUUUUUUCCGCCAUUGUGGCCCCACACAACAGUGGGUGCGUGGUUUUUUUGGUGCAGCUUGUACCCAUGAACAUGCUAUGUGAUCUGAUGGUGAAUUUGGGGUGACCCAAUGCAAAAAUCCCGAGGAUCCAUGUGAAUCUGUGCUUUGUAACCACGUUUUUCCGCCAUGGCGGCCCCACACAACAGUGGGUGCGUGGUUUUUUGGGUGCAGGCUGCAGCCCUGGACAUGCAAUGUGAUCUGAUGGUGAAUUUGGGGUGACCCAAUGCAAAAUGCUGGGGAUCCAUGUGGAUCCGUGGUUUGUAACCACGUUUUUGCGCCAUUGUGGCCUCACACAACAGUGGGUACGUGGUUUUUUGUGUGCAGGCUGUAGCCCUAGACAUGCUAUGUAAUCUGAUGGUGAAUUUGGGGUGACCCAAUGCAAAAAUCCCGAGGAUCCAUGUGGAUCCGUGCUUUGUAACCACAUUUUUCCGCCACGGCGGCCCCACACCACAAUGGGUGCGUGGUUUUUUUGGUGCAGGCUGUACCAAUGAACAUGCAAUGUAAUCUGAUGGUGAAUUUGAGGUGACCCAAUGCAAACAUCCCGAGGAUCCAUGUGGAUCCGUGCUUUGUGACCACGUUUUUGCGCCACUGAGGCCACACACAACAGUGGGUGCGUAGUUUUUUUCGUGCAGGCUGUAACCAUCAACAUGCUAUGUGAUCUGAUGGUGAAUUAGGGGUGACCUAAUGCAAAACUCCUUAGGAUCGAUGUGGAUCCGUGCUUUGUAACCACGUUUUUGCACCAUUGCGGCUCCACACAACAGUGGGUGCGUGGUUUCUUUGGUGCAGGCUGUACCCAUGAACAUGCUAUGUAAUCUGAUGGUGUACUGUAUUUGAGGUCACCCAAUGCAAAAAUCCUAAGGAUCCAUGUGGAUCCAUGCAUUGUAACCACGUUUUUGCGCCAUUGCGGCCCCACACAACAGUGGGUGCGUGGGUUUUUUGGUGCAGGCUGUAGCCAUGGACAUGCUAUGAGAUUUGAUGAUGAAUUUGGGGUGACCCAAUGCAAAAAUGCUGGGGAUCCCUGUGGAUCCGUGCUUUGUAACCAUGUUUUUGCGCCAUGGCGGCCCCACACCACAGUGGGUGGGUGGUUUCUUUGGUGCAGGCUGUACCUGUGAACAUGCUAUGUAAUCUGAUGGUGAAUUUGGGGUGACCCAAUGCAAAAAUCCCGAGGAUCCAUGUGGAUCCGUGCUUUGUAACCACGUUUUUACGCCAUUGCGGCCCCACACAACAGUGGGUGCGUGGGUUUUUUGGUGCAGGCUGUAGCCAUGGACAUGCUAUGUGAUCUGAUGGUGCAUUUUGGAUGACCUAAUGCAAAACUCCUUAGGAUCGAUGUGGAUCCGUGCUUUGUAACCACGUUUUUGCACCAUUGCGGCCCCACACAACAGUGGAUGCGUGGUUUCUUUGGUGCAGGCUGUACCCGUGAACAUGCUAUGUAAUCUGAUGGUGAAUUUGAGGUGACCCAAUGCAAAAAUGCUGGGCAUCCAUGCGCAUCCGUGCUUUAUAACUACGUUUUUGCGCCAUUGCGGCCCCACACAACAGUGGGUACGAGGUUUUUUUUGUGCAGGCUGUAUCCCUAGACAUGCUAUGUAAUCUGAUGGUGAAUUUGUGGUGACCCAAUGCAAAAAUCCCGAGGAUCCAUGUGGAUCCGUGCUUUGUAACCACGUUUUUGCACCAUUGCGGCCCCACACAACAGUGGAUGCGUGGUUUCUUUGGUGCAGGCUGUACCCGUGAACAUGCUAUGUAAUCUGAUGGUGAAUUUGAGGUGACCCAAUGCAAAAAUGCUGGGCAUCCAUGCGCAUCCGUGCUUUAUAACUACGUUUUUGCGCCAUUGCGGCCCCACACAACAGUGGGUACGAGGUUUUUUUUGUGCAGGCUGUAUCCCUAGACAUGCUAUGUAAUCUGAUGGUGAAUUUGCGGUGACCCAAUGCAAAAAUCCCGAGGAUCCAUGUGGAUCCGUGCUUUCUAACCACGUUUUUGCGCCAUUGCGGCCCCACACAACAGUGGGUGCGUAGUUUUUUUGGUGCAGGUUGUACCCAUGAACAUGCUAUGUGAUCUGAUGGUGAAUUUUGGCUGACCCAAUGCAAAACUCCUUAGGAUCCAUGUGGAUCUGUGCUUUCUAACAACGUUUUUCCGCUAUGGCGGCCCCAAACAAUAGUGGGUGCAUCUUUUUUUGAUGCAGGCUGUAGCGCUAGACAUGCUAUGUGAUCUGAUGGUGAAUAUUGGGUGACCCAAUGCAAACAUCUCGACGAUCCAUGUGGAUCCGUGCUUUGUAACCACGUUUUUGCACCAUUGCGGCCCCACACAACAGUGGGUGCGUAGUUUUUUUAAUGCAGGCUGUAGCCCUAGGCAUGCAAUGUGAUCUGAUGGUGAAUUUGGGGUGACCCAAUGCAAAAAUCCCGAGGAUCCAUGUGGAUCCGUGCUUUGUAACCACGUUUUUGCGCCAUGGCGGCCCCACACAACAGUGGGUGCGUAGUUUUUUUCAUGCAGGCUGUAGCCCUAGACAUGCAAUGUGAUCUGAUGGUGAAUUUGGGGUGACCCAAUGCAAAGAUCCCGAGGAUCCAUGUGGAUCCGUGCUUUGUAAACACGUUUUUGCGCCAUUGAGGCUACACACAACAGUGGGUGCGUGGUUUUUUUGGUGCAGGUUGUACCCAUGAACAUGCUAUGUGAUCUGAUGGUGAAUUUGGGGUGACCCAAUGCAAAAAUCUUGAGAAUUCAUGUGGAUCAGUGCUUUGUAACCACGCUUUUAUGCCAUUGCGGCCCCACACAACUGUCAGUGUGUGGUUUUUUUGGUGCAGGCUGUAGCCAUGGACAUGCUAUGUGAUCUGAUGGUGAAUUUGGGGUGACCCAAUGCAAAAAUCCUGAGGAUCCUUUGGCUAUAAUGUCCCCCCUCUCAGGCAGUCUCCUUUCUCGCAUCCCUUAUCUCUCUCCUGAUCCCCCCCAUCAGCUUCUUCCUUUCAACACUCCUUUUCCUUUUGUUUACCUUAGUGUCUUUUCCUUAGCUGGAGCAGUUUUUUGCUCCUCUUUUUCUUCUAUUUUCUCUCUUCAUUGAUUUAGUCUUCCUGUCUCCUUUCCUUGCAAGUUUGCCAUCUUUACCUCCCCCCUCCCAGGCAGCUUCCUUUAUCGCUAGAGUCCCUUAUCUUCCUCCCCUAUUGCUUGCCGAUCAGCUGCUCAGCAGCUUUGUUUCAACACCCCCUUUCCUCUGCUUUUUGCCGCUGGGCAAUUCGGCUACAGGGACCACACAUUCACUCCAUAAGACGCACAGACAUUUCCCCUUACUUUUAAGGAAGAAAAAAGUGCGUCUUGUGGAACGAAAAAUUCGGUAAUAACAUUGAAAUAAAUAAAAGACAGCAUAUGGUUGAACAUUAUCAUUAAACUUAUUAUUCCAAAACAUUUUUUUAAACCACCCAUUUCCCCAAAUAACUUACUGAGCUAAUUUACACAUAAAGUAGCUGAAUUUGAUCAAAGUUGCAAGGAAUCAGAUGUUUCCAAUCCAUUCAAAUUCUGUAGGAAUUAGUUACUACUUCUAGAUCAUUUUCCAGGAUAAUCUCCAAUAUAAUUUCCAAAUAGCCAGGUAAAAAUACUUCAGGUUCUAAAGAUAUAUGGCAUCCUAAUGUAUUUGAUAUUUGGAAAUCACAUGGAUUUAUUAUUAUUAUUAUUAUUAUUAUUAUUAUUAUUAUUAUUAUAAAUGUUGGCCAGGCUUGCACAAGUCACAUAACUCUGAUGUCGGUAGGCCUUUGUAAACAAUAAAAUCAACAAAAAGAGUUGCUCUAAUUGUUAGGUUCCCGAGACAUUUUCAGUAAGGAGGAAAAGGUAUAAUAUUUAUCGAGAAAAGAAAAUUCCUUGGAUGCCAAGAUUCAGGUUUGGGGAAGUACUCUUUGGUGAGAGCACCCCAGCAGAGAUUUAAAGUCAUAAAAUAUGCAGCAAAGUAAUGCCAAAUUUUAGCCUGCAUACCUUAAAAUAUACCCUUGUGAGUUCCAAGACUUCCUUCUUCCCCCCCGUAUAGGAGAAGACCUAACAUUAGGUAAGUUAAAAUUUGUACUUACCUUAUUUUCCGAUGUAUAAGACUUUUCCAGAUAAAAUAUAGAGUUUGGGAUAUACUCUCCAUAUAAGACUACCCCUCUUCCAACGCACACUAAAUAAAAAUUAAAAAAAACUUCAGACUUUACUUCAAUAUGGUAAUUUUCAUUCAAAUGCUUAUGACAUGCAGGUACUUUGCAUGUCACUUAUAAACAUAAGGCUGUUUGUCAUCAAACAUGUAAACAUAAAACAGUGCAAGUGGAUUAAACUUUUCCUAACUCACUCUAAAGCUGAAAGGAAGGAUAAACACACUUACUGGGGUGUAAGCUUUAUUAAAUAUUGUGGCACUUAUUUCUAAAUAAGCAUUCAUAAGGGCUGGUACUGCAAGGCUACACUCUUAUGCAGGGUUACAGGGAGAAAAUCCCAGAGUGGUGGGGCUUACUUGUGAGUAAACAUGCAUAGGAGCAGCUAAAAGGGAGCAUUAAGAAGAGACAAAUUGAGAAGGCAUGAAAGAGUAAUUGAAAAAGCCAUUAAGAGCAAAAAUGGAAGGUAAGUCAGAAAAAGAAAAAGAGUGGUUAAGUGGAAACAUGAAGGGGGAGGAAUGAAGGGUAGUGUGUGAGAGGAAUAAGGCAGUCAAAAAAUGCUAAAUGCAAGGAAGGAUUGGGAACAUGGAAAAGGUGAGUGGACAAAAGGAGUAAUAAUGGGCAGUUAACAGAAGCCUAAAGAGGCAAUGGGGUGAAAGGCAUAACCUAAGGAAGGGGAUGAUGCUGAUGAUUAGAAAAGCACAAUACUCAAGAUAUGAUGCAGAUUGCUUACUUAUCACUCAACAUGCCUUUUGCAAGCUACUUCACAAUUUUAACAGCUAUGCAUUACAACCGCAUGCUGCACACACUCUCUAGAACCUGUAGUCUUCAACAUGUUUUAAAUCAUAUACAUCACAGAAACACACUGCACAGAGCUUCAAGGAUCAGAGCUUCAGCAUACAUCUUCAUGGUUGAAAAACCAUGUGUGUCCCCACUUCAAAGAUGAUGGCAUCAGCGGACCAACAGACACAACACAGGUCAGCAGCACAUUACCUGUUAAAGUCACAUCUGAAGUUGUUCCAAGUUAUAUACUUUACAGCACAAUAUGCUUUACAGCACAAUAUGCUUUACACACAUCCCUCCAAGUUUAAUGGGGCUUACUUACUCCCCAGAUAAGUGGAUUUAAGACUGCAGUUCCCACCCUUUUAACACAUGCUUAUGAGGCAAAGUGAGGAACUCUAAUCCAUGUAAACACUUGUAAAGACAGAGCAACUGAAUAGUAGGAACCUCUGCGGCAGCCACAAACCAGCGCUGAUGGCUGCCAGCCCGGCAGCUUCUGCAGCAGCAACAUGGGCGCUCCACAAGGUCCGGCACCAGCGGCGGUGAAGCCAUCCUGGAUUGCAGACACUGGACCCGGCGUGAGGAGGCUGAGAGGGCGGCGGCAGCAGCAACCCCAGCAGGGUUUCAGACAGGCGAUCUGAGCAACCUGCCAGGCGGCAUCAAAGGGCGGGUGGUUGGGAUCAGCUGUCUCAGAGGAGAGGAGAGAGCUAUACGCUUAAUAAAAAUGUGCGCUCUGCUGCAUUGAGUGGCUCCAUCUAGAGACUUAAAAAAUAAAAUAAAAAAUCCCUGCUUGACGAGAUGCUCAGCAGAGAGACAUGCAGGGAGAGAUAAGCAGCCUCCUCUUCCUGUCUGCUCUCCUGCCACCUCUUCACACACACGCUGUAGCAGCCGAGGGUGAAACAAAGGAGCCAGGGGCUUGCGCCAUGAAGGCAGCUAGAAGGAGCAAGGCAAAACGGCAAGGGAAGGCAAGGGAAGAAUGCGCUGUGGCCGUUUAAAUAGUUGAAGCCACCCGCCGCUUCACUCAGGCGACCCCCCACAACCAUACCCAGCAUAUAAGAUGACCCCUGACUUUUGAGAAGAUUUUGCUGGGUUAAAAAGUCGUCUUAUAUGCUGGAACAUACGGUGCAAACUUUUCAGAGAUCAUUUCAGAGGUUCAUUUUUCCAUGCAUCAGUCAGAAAAGUUGCACAGGUGGUAAAACUUGGCUUAGUUGCAAAGUGGUGAAUGUUGCUAAAUUAUUGGUAUAGGUGCUCAAUAGAGGCUUGUUAGAGUGUAGCUUCUUCACACCUUGUGCUUCUCAGGUAGACUGGAGGGGAACAAAGUCUUGAUUAUGUAGUUCAGGGAGGUCCAACCUUCAUACAAGAGGGCUGCAAUAGUACUUUGACAAGGAAUCUGCAGACUGCACACUGCCUUGUCAAAUGGUGCUUUUCCCAAAGUGGUUGAGCUUUAGGAGGGCACUGGACUUUGGGAAGGAGUUGAGCUGGGAAAGCACUAACUAGGCUUUGGGAAGGAGGAGGGAGGAUUCUAGGAUAAGGUUACCAGAUGUCCCUGUUUCCCAGCUUCUUGCUGCAAAAAAGAAAAGAAAAGAAAAAGAAAACCUGAGCCUGUCAGGACAGCUUUUUCUAUGGUCUGAACCCCUUCAUGCAUUAAUUAGACUCAAGAAUGUUGGUUAUAUGAGACUAGUUAUCCCACAUUUACCAGGGUUUUAUACACACACACACACACACACACACACACACACAAUUAUACACCAUUAACAAUGCAGCAUUAUAAAAUUACGGGCUCUGAGAAGACACCACCAAGGGGAAUAAGAGUGGUUUUGGCACAUGUUUGUAAAUGCAUGCAUAUGGAAAGACAUGCCAGUGUGUUGCUUUCCUUGCCCCCAAUUGUGGCACAAAGUUGGUACAGGUGGCGACCAUUUUGCAUGCGUCCUAUUGACGUGCAACUGCCAAUACAUGUGUGGCUUUCAGUCCCAGAAUUGGGGUGGAACAGGCCUACGUGUGACUGUUGGCACAUGCAAUGACCCGGAACGCAACCCCCGCACAACUGAGCUUCAUGUACUGUACUAUAAUCAUUGCUAAUUUUCUAGAAAAAGAGGUGCUGGAAUUCAUUACGAAUGCCUCCCUUGUUCUCUUAUAAUGGCAAUGGCGUCCACCCAAGAAGAGCUGGAACUGAGCUCCAGUGAGUUCCGGCUGAAAAAAAUCCCCUCGCUAUAAUAAUUGCAGCCUUGAGAAAAGGUGGGGGGACGCACCAAACACAGGAAGCAAACAAAAGGGACAAAAUAUCCAGGUGCAUAUUCAGAACCCAAGGCUGAAAAACAGCAAGCGAUAACAGCCGGUGGCGAUAGGAACAGAAAUACACAAUCCCAAAACGUCAAGGACAGGCCAAAGCAGGGGAGAAGGAAGCUGGGUACACUUGCUGCAGGCCUUGGAGGGCUAAGUUGGCCAGAAGGCCCUGCCAGGGGCCUGCCAGACUUACACUGUCAUCCAAAAAUGCCCCCAUCCUUCCCAGCCGAACUGGAGCUUAAUGGGUGAAACGGCCAUGCCUGUCCAUAUGCACUUCAAGACUUCAAUAGUAAAAUCUGAACCUGUGUUAAUGCAAAUUAGUGUGUAGCAUCAGAUCAGAUGAGGCGGUUGCACUGCAGUGGUCCAUCUUAUGGACAAAACUCCCACCCUGGACCUCAGACAAACUCUGCACUGGCCUGGUCAAAGCACUAUAAGUGAUCCAAGAUGUUAUGGUGGAAUGAAACUUACCAUUGCUGUUUCCCUUUGCAACCCCUUGUUUAAAGUAAUGUGUAGUUCCAGUCUAAGAAUGCAUUUGUUUGCUCAUUUCAGAUUUCUCUUGCAUUAGAUUUUGUCAAGCUGUAGAAGGUACAGAAAAGGGGGCUGGAGCAUCUUUCUGCAAGUGAAAGUUAUAAUAUAUUGGGGGGGUGGUUAGUUUAUUUUCAAAAUAUAUGCAAAAGAAGCAUAAUUGAGGAUUAUAAAAGUUAUGAUGGCAUAUAGCAACUUUUUGGGGCUUGUGGGCACAUUUGGAAUUCUGGGUGAGUGCCACUGGCCCAAUCACAAAAUCCAUGGAAGAAAGGGCACAUGCAGGAGCCACUGCUGCGCUUGCUAACAAGGAGGAUGUCUUUUGCACUCUUGUUUGUUCAUUAGAGGAUGCUGGGAUCAUGGGUCACCCAGUUAAGCUUGUUGGCGGAAGGUUCAAGGCAGACUGGAAGAUGUAUUUACAGUGGUGCCUCGCAAGACGAAAUUAAUUCGUUCCGCAAGUCUCUUCGUCUUGCGAGUUUUUCGUCUUGCGAUGCACGGUUUCCCAUAGGAAUGCAUUGAAAAUCAAUUAAUGCGUUCCUAGGGAAACCGCCUUCAGACCAGGUCCGGGGACAGUCUGUCCCCGGACCUCUUCUGAAGGCUGGGGGGGGCAAGGGCUUUUCUUCCCACCCCCAGCAUUUUAAAAAAACCCCGGGACAGCGGAGGACUUCUCCGCUGUCCGGGCGAUCUUAAAAUGCUGGCGGGCGGCAUUUUAAAAUCACCCCGGGACAGCGGAGGACUUCUCCGCUGUCCGGGGCAAUUUAAAGCCCCUGGGAAGGCAGGCAGGGGGACAAAGACUUUGCCCCCGCCAGCCUUCAGAAGAGGUCCUGGACCUCUUCUGAAGGCGGGCGGGGGCGAAAGUCUUUGCUCCCCGCCUUCAAAAGCCCUCCGGGACAGGCAGGCAGGGGGAGCAAAGACUUUCGCCCCCGCCCGCCUUCAGAAGGUCUUCCCUCCCCCCGCCCGGCUCGGAGCACCGUUCCGGGCCGGGCGGCGGCGGAGGUCUUCCUCCCCCCGCCCGGCUCGGAGCACCGUUCCGGCCGGGCGGCGGCGGCAGGUGUUCCCUCCCCCGCCCGGCUCGGAGCACCGUUCCGAGCCGGGCGGCGGCGGGAGGUCUUCCCUCCCCGCCCGGCCUCGGAGCACCGCUCCGAGCCGGGCGGCGGCGGAGGUGUUCCCUCCCCCGCCCGGCCCGGAGCACCGCUCCGAGCCGGGCGGCGGGGAGGUCUUCCUCCCCCCGCCCGGCCGGAGCACCGUUCCGAGCCGGGCGGCGGGGGAGGUCUUCCUCCCCCGCCCGGCUCGGAGCACCGCUCCGGCCGGGCGGCAGGUGUUCCCUCCCCCGCCCGGCCGGAGGAGCCUUCGAGCCCGGCGGCGGCGGAGGAGGUGUCCCCGCCCCGCCGCCAGGCUUCGGAGGAGGUCCGAGGACAGUGGGGAAGACGCGCUGCGCUUCCCCGCUGUCCCUGAGAUUUCCUAUGGGCUGUCGUCUUGCGAAGCAAGCCCAUAGGGAAAUUCGUUUAUGAGCGCCUCCAAAACGGAAAACCCUUUCGUCUAGCGGGUUUUCCGUCUUGCGAGGCGUUCGUCUUGCGGGGUACCACUGUAUUUGCAUAGCACAUAAUUAAUAUUUUUAGAAUUUGUAGUCACAAGAUACGAUGGUGGUCACCAGCAUAGCCGUAGAAAGAGGAUUAGUCAAAUGUAUGUAGGUGAAUAAAUCUAUUAAUGGUUAUUUGAAAUAAUUACUAUAUGUUGCCACACACUUUGCCAACCUGGUGCCCUCCACAUGUUUUGGACUACCAGCAGCUGGCUGGGGCUGAUGGGAGUUGCAGUCAAACUUUUGGAAGGCACCAGGUUGGAGAAGGCUGUGCUACCAUCUCUGAACUAUUUGCUGAUAUACAACGGAAAAUGAUUUCGUAGAAAUACGGUAUUCCUUUGUAACAUAUGUAUUAGAGACUGAUUCUGACACACAGCCUCUGGCAACACAUGUCCAGUUAGGGCAGGCUAACCUUUGUGUUGUGUUUAUUGUAUGGGGCUUCUUGUGCUGUUAAACUGGAAAAUGGAAUAAAAGCAUUUCCAGGAAAUUAAAAGAACGGUAUGCUGUGUUGUAGAAAAAACUCCUUCACUUGUUUUGUUGCUAUUACUUCUGCCUUCUGGUUCGUAAACAAAUUUGCUUUCCUUUGACUACCUGAAAGGGUCCUCAAUCUAUUUUGCCUGGAACAGGUCACCUCUUUUGUUUCAUGGUAUUUCAGGCAGACAUGCUGAAGACAUAUUCGGGGAGCUUUUUAAUGAAGCCAAUAGUUUCUACAUGCGGAUGAAUUCUCUGCAAGAGCGAGUUGAUCUUCUGGUGAUCAAGGUCACCCAACUGGACUCCACUGUGGAAGAAGGUAAGCAGCAUUAGUAGCAACCACUUGGGUCACAUUAACCUUUAGUUUUGUUUAUCUGGUCAAGGAGAACAGAACUUCAUUUAGAUGUUUUGCUUCCUUAAGCGCUAAUUAAGUAUUGCCAUUUUCAAGCUUCCCUUUGUGACUCAGUACAACAAAACCCUGCUGUGGAACAGGCAAAACACUCCCGGGAAAAGGAAAUUCUAGUAAACAAUCUGUUUUCUUAGAAUAUUAGGGCUUUUUGAACCAUACAUUACGAAAAGGAUGAUUUAUGGCAGGGUUGGAGAGUCCUUCAGUCAUUUGGGAGAGUAAUUUGUUAGGGGCUGCAUGCCAAGGUGGAUAGGGUUAGAGCCAAACGUGGGUGGUGUGUCAAACUCCCUCAGUAAAAAUGGGAGCAAGGUAACAUGAUUGGCUCUGGGUGAUUUAAACUUAGAGACUCUGUCAAAAACAACUAUUAAUUCAGAGAUUCUGUGUGCAUGGUAGCAUUUACUAUAAUUCAGCAACAAGGACUCAUUGUAGGGAUCCUGUGCCCCCUUAUUUCUUGCACUGGGAAUAAAUUAAAGAUGAGGCACAGUGGAAGCAAAAUUGGAAUUUUAGUAACAAGCACUCUGUGGGGUAAAGCUUAGUGGUUUCACUAGUAAAGCCACAGUACUUUGUUUCAGUCAAAACUUCUUUUAAAGAUGUAAUUAUAACUUUCUUUUAACUUUCUAACACUGUUUUUAAUAAACCUAAUUUCUCCUAGAAUGGAUAUCUGUUUUACCCUGCCUGUAGAAUGCCUCUAGCCUUUUUCUAGGAUCUCUUCAUUUCCCUAAGGAAAUUAAACUGGUUUGUCCUGCCUAAUAAACCCCUAACCCAGAGCUUUCCAAACUUUUCAUGUUGGUGGCAUACAUUUUAGCCAUGCACAAUUUCAUGACACAGUAAUUCACCUUUACUAGCAAACCAGAGAUUAAACUAACCCCUUUGUCACAGAUUUCAAUUUAGGCAAAAAGCAACAUUUAGGCUUUCAAUCUCAGGUUAUCCAUCCUUGAUUUAUGGAUUCUAGCACUAGAAGGCUGAACGCCAAAGAAUUGAUGCUUUUGAAUUAUGGUGCUGGAAGAGACUCUUGAGAGUCCCAUGGACUGCAAGAAGAUCAAACCUAUCCAUUCUUAAGGAAAUCAGCCCUGAGUGCCCACUGGAAGGACAGAUCGUGAAGCUGAGGCUCCAAUACUUUGGCCCCCUCAUGAGAAGAAAAGACUCCCUAGAAAAGACCCUGAUGUUGGGAAAGAUUGAGGGCACAAGGAGAAUGGGACGACCGAGGACGAGAUGGUUGGACAGUGUUUUCGAAGCUACCAACAUGAGUAGAUAGAUAGAUAGAUAAUACUUUAUUCGGCUAUAAGCCCACAGGGUAAAACAAAUCAAUAGAUAAAAAUCAAUAGAUAAAAUCAAUAGCAUUUUACAAUCUAAAAUAUCAACUAAAAUAUUUCAACGCAUAAUCUCUAAAUGUACCGUGUUAUGGCCUUGAAGAUAAAGAUGGUGCAUAGAGUUUUCUGAAUUUUUAAUAGUCAUGCAGCAUUCCCUGAAGUCUUUUAUAUGACAGAACUGAGAUCAGGAAUCUAGCAACCUGUAAAGUUCUAUAAGAGUCAAUGUCCUGGAGUAGAUAGGCUAGAUGUAAUUCAGGUGGUUUAGCAGCAAUUUCCAGAAUGAUUGAACUCAGGAUCCUUGAUCGGGGAACAUUAUAUAAGGGGCAAUUAAACAAGAUAUGAUAAAGGGAUUCUAUCGAUUUGUUGUCACAUGCGCACAAAACAGAGAUUUUACCGUUAGAAAAUCUAUUGCUCAGCACAUUUGAGGGGAACACAUUAAAUCUGGCUCUAACAAAUGCGAAUCUAUGCGACGCAGCCGAUAAAGUAGACAGAUAUCGAGGUAUCUGGGACAUAUAUGUAAUGCCCUGAUAUAUCGGGGAACAUGUACCUCCACCUGUGGUAAGAUUUUGUUGUAAAUCUACCUCCUCCAGUCUUUGUUUGAUGACCUUUUAGCUGUAAUUAGAUCUAAAUUAAGUAUAUCGGAGGGAGAGAUUCCAUAAGACAACAGUUUGGAAUGGAUUUUUGUUGCCCAUGGGCUGGUGAAUUCGUCUCUCCAAAGGCACUGAAUAAGAUGGUAGUUUGGCAAUUUAUGCCAAAGGGACAGCCAAUAAUUAAAGGCAUGUCUCCACAUCAGAAUCUCAAGGGAGGGGGUCUUAAGUUCUAAGCGAAUGGCAGAGUUGCUUACACAGGAGGGUAGUUUCAAAAGGCGUCUUAGAAAAGAUUUUGCAAUGUCACCAGAGGCAAGAGGUUUCCAAAGACGCCCCAUAAAGGGACCGCAUAGGCCAUAGUUGCAACCACUUUUGCACUAUAAACUUUUAAGGCAGAUGGAACAUGCAUAGCCCCUCAGUAAAGAAGAAGCGUAGUAUAGCGUAGAUAAGGGCUUUCACCUUGUUUUGUAGAUAUGUGAUAUGCGCUUUCCAUCCCAUAUUAUACUGGAAGUAAAUUCCUAGAUAUUGAAAUUUGUAAACUUGUUCAAUUGGCUUCCCUCAAGUUCCCAUCUAUACAGUUUACGACUCCUGGAAAAAAUUAGGACUUUAGAUUUGGAAUGGUUAAUAGUAAGUAAAUUUGUUUGGCAAUAUGAUGCAAAAAUCUUAAGGGCCCUCCUCAAACCGAUUCGAGAAUAAGAGAGGAUCACCGCAUCGUCAGCGUACAAUAAUAAGGGGCAGCGAUAGUCUGCAAGCCUGGGUGCAUGAAUGGAGGUUUGGGCCUCAGCUAGAGGCGUCCUCAUGUCACUAAUAUAAAGGUUAAAAGAUAGGGGGCAAGGAUGCACCCUUGUCGUACCCCUUGUUUAUUGGAACUGAGUUUGUGAGAUCGCCCUCAGGUGUUAACCUCACCCUAGCAGCCGUCCCUUCAUGUCAUUUCAUCAAUAGCCACACCAGCCUUUUUCUAUGCCCCACUUUGCCAGUUUUUCCCAUAACAGCUCUCUAGAGAUACUGUCAAAAGCCGCCUUCAGGUCUAUAAAAGCGGCACAUAGAAGACCAUGAGUAGGGGAAGAAUAUUUCCGCGCCAAAUGAUAUAGAAUUAUAGCAUGGUCAAUAGAAGCGCGAUUUGGUCUAAACCCGACCUGUUCAUGGCCUAUCAGAUUGGAAUCUUCGGCCCAUAGGGUUAGUCUGGUUAGCAAGAAGCGAGUGUAGAUUUUUCCGAUGAUUGAUAAUAAACUGAUAUUACGAUAGUUUCCUGGGUCCUCUGGUGGGCCUUUUUUAUAUAUAGGAAUUAUGAUGGACUCCUUCCAUGAUGUAGGUAUCUGGCCCGUGGCAUUGAUUGUAUCAAAGAUUUUUGCAAGAAUUUUAGCCCACCAUAUUGGAUGUUGUUUAAUAGCUUCCGCCGGGAUCAGAUCGGGCCCUGGGGCUUUAUCAGUUUUCAGUUUACCCAAAUGGCCCCAGCCAAUCAGCCAAAUGGUAAAAUUCCUACCAGGCCCCUGAUCCAAAGCAGACGACCCCAUUACAGGCAUAGCAAGGUCAGCGCAAACAAACCCUAAUUAAAGGGAGGAUGGUCACAUCACCUCCUGGCAAAUAGAAGGGGAAGAAAUGCAGGCAGUGAGAGAUUUUACUUUCUUGGGCUCCAUGAUCACUGCAGAUGGUGACAGCAGUCACAAAAUUAAAAGACGCCUGCUUCCUGGGAGAAGAGCGAUGACAAACCUAGACAGCAUCCUAAAAAGCAUAGACAUCACCUUGCCAACAAAGGUCCGUAUAGUUAAAGCUAUGGUUUUCCCAGUAGUGAUGUAUGGAAGUGAGAGCUGGACUGUAAAGAAGGCUGAUUGCCGAAGAAUUGAUGCUUUUGAAUUAUGGUGCUGGAGGAGACUCUUGAUAGUCCCAUGGACUGCAAGAAGAUCAAACCUAUCCAUUCUGAAGGAAAUCAGCCCUGAGUGGUCACUAGAAGGCCAGAUCGUGAAGCUGAGGCUCCAAUACUUUGGUCACCUCAUGAGAAGAAAAGACUCCCUGGAAAAGACCCCGAUGUUGGGAAAGAUGGAGGGCACAAGGAGAAGGGGACGACAGAGGACGAGAUGGAUGGACAGUGUUCUCGAAGCUACAAAGAUGAGUCUGACCAAACUGCGGGAGGCAGUGGAAGACAGAAGUGCCUGGCGUGCUCUGUUCCAUGGGGUCACGAAGAGUCGGACACGACUAAACGACUAAACAACAACAAAGCACUCCCCCUUCCCCCCCUCUUAUUUUGCAGUGGGGACCUUUUAUCUAAAGCACAAUGUAUGGUCCUGUUGAAUGCAGGCAGUUUGGGUUAACAAAGUCACAAACCUGAACCUUGGGAAAUGUCAGUCUUUCAGUAUCUCAUGAUGAAAAGAACAAGCCUCUGGUUUCACCACUGAAUUUUCAGUCUCUGAAAAGAAUUGCAUAUUUGUUGAGAAGCUAUAUUCCCAGCUGACCAAUCAUUUUUCCUCAGAAAUGCCUCCCAAGAAUUUCAGGGGGACUUAUUCCCAAGUAAAUGCACAAAGGUGUGCAGCCUGGAAGGAUCUCCAUUACUUCCUUGCUUGCUUUCUUCUUCCAGUAAGCAUUCUGAAAAGGCAAUGAUAAUGAGGUGUUUUUCACAUUAGUUACUAUCAUCAUCAUCUUCAUCAUAGGCCAGGUUUCCAAAGCAGCUUAAAGUUAUCAAUGAGAUAGUCCCAUGUAGUGAUUAGCAUGCAUUUACCCAGCAUCUGUCAAUCAUCUGUCAAUGUUCAGGCACCAGGCAAAAUCAUUUCUUUUCUGCCAGACCUUUUGGAUGCUCAUCAAAUUUGCAGAUAGCACCAAACUGGGAGGGGUAGCUAAUGCCACAGAAGAAAGAAUCAGGAUUCAAUGUCAUCUUAACAGAUUGCAGAACUGGGCCAAAACGUUUAAAAAAGGAAUUUCAAGAGGAACAAAUGUAAGGUUCUGCACUUAGACAGAUAGAAGCAGCUGCACAAAUAUAAUAUGGGGGGACACCUGGCUUGCCAGUAGUACAUGUGAAAAGGAUCUCAGGGUCUUAGUAGGCCACAAGCUUAACAUGAGUUAACAGUGUGAUGCAGCAGCAAAAAAAGCUAAUGGUAUUCUAGGCUGCAUCAACAGAAGUCUAGUGUCCAGAUCAAGGGAAGUAAUAGUCCAGCUCUAUUCUGCCUUGGUCAGGCCACACCUGGAAUACUGUGUACAGCUCUGAGUGCCACACUUUAAAAAGAAUACCGUACUGACAAGCUGGAACUGUGCAAAGGAGGGCAACCAAAAUGAUAAUGGGUCUGGAAACCAAGUCUCAUGAGGAAUGGUUGAGGGUGUUGGGUAUGUUUAGCCUGGAAAAGAGGAGAUGUGAUAGCCAUCUUCAAAUAUCUAAAGGGCUGUCACAUGGAAGAUGGAGCAAGCUUGUUUUCUCUGCUCUGGAGGCUAGGACCUGAACCUAUGGAUUCAAGUUACAAGAAAUGAGAUUCCAACUAAACAUCAAGAACUUUCUGAUAGUAAGAGUUGCUCGACAGCGGAGCAGACGCCCUUGGGAGGCAGUGGACUUAAAAACCUUGGAGGUUUUUAAGCAGAGGUUGGAUGGCCAUCUAUCAUGGAUGAUUUAGUAGAGAUUCCACAUUGCAGGGGGUUGGACUAGAUGACCCUCAGGGCACCUUCACACUUUACAAUUCCAUGAUUCUAUGGGCCUUAGUUAUCUGUGUCCUGUGAGUGAGAUGUUUUAAUUCUGCCUUUUAAAACACAAUGGCCUUUUAGAUUUUUCUUUGUCUUUCCAUUUUAUGCUAGCUUUAGUGUAUGCACUUGUGGUGUAGUGGUUAAGAGCGGUGGACUUGUAAUCUGGUGAACCCGGUUUGAUUCCCCGCUCCUCCACAUGCAGCUGCUGGGUGACCUUAGGCUAGUCACACUUCUCUGAAGUCUCUUGGCUUCACCUCAGUGUUUGUUGUGGGGGAGGAAGGGAAAGGAGAUUGUUAGCCGCUUUGAGACUCCUUAAGUAAAGGUAAAGGGACCCCCGACCAUUACGUCCAGUUGUGACCGACUCUGGGGUUGCGGCACUCAUCUCGCUUUACUGGCCGAGGGAGCCGGCGUACAGCUUCUGGGUCAUGUGACCAGCAUGACUAAGCCGCUUCUGGUGAACCAGAGCAGCGCACGGAAACGCCGUUUACCUUACCUAUUUAUCUACUUGCACUUUGACGUGCUUUCAAACUGCUAGGUUGGCAGGAGCAGGGACCGAGCAACAGGAGCUCACCCCGUCGUGGGGAUUUUAACCGCUGAUCUUCUGAUCAGCAAGUCCUAGGCUCUGUGGUUUACCCCACAGAGCCACCCGCGUCCCAGACUCCUUAGGGUAGUGAUAAAGUGGGAUAUCAAAUCCAAACUCUUCUCUUCUUCUUCUUAUAUAUCUGGGGUGGCCAACUCCCAAGAGACUGCGAUUUACUCACAGAGUUAAAAACUAGCAGUGAUCUACCCCCUUUUUUUGGGCUUCUGGUCAAAGUUGUUGAGUUUUUAUUUAGGAAGGAGGAAGGCCCAUUUUUGGGAGGUUCGGGUCAAAGUUGUUGAGUUUUUUCAGGGAGGAGGUAAAAUGUUGAGCUUUUCUUAGGGGAGCCAUAGUUGUUCAGCUUCUUUGGGGGGAGCCAAUGAUCUACCAGUGAUCUACCGCAGACGUCCAGUGAUCUACCUGUUGGACAUGCCUGUUAUACAUCAUAAGUCACUUUGAAUUACCUUGGUAAAGAAGCAACCAAUAAAAUAUAACAAAUAACAAAAACAAACACAUAAACAUAGCUUUGUCUUUUCUCUAUGGACCCACUUAAAGAAAUAUUGGCCCAUUAUUUAUAUGACUUAUAACUGAACCAUAAAUAAAUUUGCAUCAUAAUAAAAAUGCCCCCCCACCAGCAUGUUUUCUUUUGUUUUGAGAUGCCAUGCACACCAUCACUGAAUAGGCAUUCCCUCCUACCUGUAAGAUAAGGGAAAAGUAUUUUAAAAGCUAACACCUAUCACAUGUAGGUAUUUUGGGAAAUUAAAGUGUCCCCAAUUCAUCAAACAAUAUGUGUGUGUUUUUAAAUGCUAAAAUUAUUAUAGUGGGGUGGGGGGGGUUUAAUAUAGGGAAAGAUGAUAUAACAGGUACCCUGAACCCAAACUGUGAAUAACUUUAAAUGUAAGCAACAACACUUUGAAUUGGACCCAGAAAUGGUAAGGUAAAAGGUAAAGGAUCCCUGGACAGUUAAGUCCAGUCAAAGACAACUAUGGGGUUGUGGCACUCAUCUCACCUUCAGGCCAAGGGAGCCGGCGUUUGUCCACAGAGUUUUCCAGGUCAUGUGGCCAGCAUGACUAAACCGCUACUGGUGCACGAAGGACCAUGACAAGUGCCAGAGCGCACGGAAACGCUGUUUACCUUCCUACCGCAAUGGUACCUAUUUAUCUACCGUAUUUUUCGCCCCAUAGGGCGCACCAGCCCAUAGGGUGCACCUAGUUUUUUGGGGGGGGGGGAUAAAGGGGAAAAAUAUUUUUCCCCCAGGCGCGGGGCUGGGGUGGGGGAAGCCCGAGCUUCCCCAGCCCCCAGAACAGGCUGCUAUCCGCAGGGAUGCAGGCAGCUCUCCGCAAGCCGCGGGAGGCUUGUGCAGAGCUGCGCGAAGCCCAAAACCUGGGGCGCGCUCCAGGCUUCGGGAUGCAGGCAGCUCUCCGCAAGCCCAGGGAGCCCAGUGGGACCUCCCGCAGGCUCCCAAGGCUUGCGGAUAGCUUCCUGAAGCCUGGAGAGUAAGAGGGGUCGGUGCGCACCGACCCCUCUCGCUCUCCAGGCUUCAGCGAAAGCCUGCAUUCACCCCAUAGGAUGCACACACAUUUCCCCUUCAUUUUUGGAGGGGGAAAAGUGUGUCCUAUUGGGCGAAAAACACGGUACUUGCACUGGCAUGCUUUCGAACUGCUAGGUUGACAGGAGCUGGGACAGAACAACGGGAGCUCGCCCCAUUGCGGGGAUUCAAACCACCAACCUUCUGAUCAGCAACCCAAGAGGCUCAGUGUUUUAGACCACAGCACCACCCGUGUCCCAGAAAUGGACUGAGAGCCAGUGCAGAUAUCUCAGCACUAACAAUAUAUUUUCCUUGUGCAGAGUCCCAGUUAGCAGUCUUGCAACAGAAGUUUGCACUAACUGCAGUUUCCAAACUGCAGUUUCAGAGGCAGCCCCAUAUUUAACACAUUGCCUACAUUGAUCAGACAUAGAAGUUAGCAGGGCAUGGACAGAAGCAAGGCUUUCCUGUGCAUGAGGGAGAAAUACAUUAUUGUUACAAAAGUUGGGUGCCAGCCCCACAAGGCACGGUCGAGACUGUCAUAACUUUAAGAAAUGUGAUUUAUACACAUACUUACACCUUCAGUCUGCAUGGAGAGAUUCCAGAUCUUGCAGCAUGGUCAUUUCAAGAGGGGAUUGUCCCCCACAUAGUGCAGCCCUGGAGUCCAAGGCAUUUCUCCCAGCCUGCCUUCAGCCAGCCUGCCCAAGAUAUAGCUCUCUUUUUUCUCCCUUCUUUUUCCCAGCACACUUUUCUAAAAAGACUAUUUUCCUGUCACCUCACACACAUACCCCAUCACCAUGGCAACCUCUGUCUGCCUAGGGCCAAGGAUUCCUCUUUGGUGGGCCAUCAACCCUUUUUGUCAUGCUAAUGCCUGUAUCCCAGGUGAGGCCCUGACUUGGAAGGAAACUUAGCCUGUACUUUUCCACUGGCUUCCAAUCUUCACUUCAAUACUCCAAAUAAUCAAAAUCCUACCAUUUAUUAAUUUCUACGGUUUGGGGAGGGUGUCCCCUACACCCAAGCAUUAUUGUCCUUGCUGGUCAUUGACCGUAUUAAAGAUAUUUGAAGCAUUAUUGUCGCUGAACUAAAUCAGACCACCUGACCACUUACAGAUCAGUUGGUGGCCCUUACCAUUUACUUUUGUUGUUCAUUUCUGCUGGCCUUGAUUUUUAUUUAUUUCUUUUACCUCUUUAUGUUCUCAACAGGUGGUGAGGAAGGAUUCUUGCUCUUGCAGGAUUAGCUUUAGCACUUAGUUUUCUCUGCUAAUCCGCUGGGGGAGUGAAAGAUGAGCUCUGAAGGACAGGAUAAGCCCACUUGUUUUUCCAUCAGCAGCUGGAAAACUUUCCUCAAAACAACCUUAACCUUUGGUGUAUUUCUCACUGCAUUUUGGGUUGUGCUACUUCAAGCUUCAGAGCCUAGGGCUUGCCGAUCAAAAGGUCAGCGGUUCGAAUCCCCACAAGGGGGUGAGCUCCUGUUGCUUGGUCCCUGCUCCUGCCAACAUAGCAGUUUGAGAGCAUGUCAAAGUGCAAGUAGAUAAAUAGGCACUGCUCUGGUGGGAAGGUAAACGGUUUUUCUGUGCACUGCUCUGGUUUUCCAGAAGCAGCUUAGUCAUGCUGGCCAUAUGACCAGGAAGCUGUAUGCCGGCUCCCUUGGCCUAUUGAGCGAGAUGAUCGCCGCAACCCCAGAGUCGUCCGCAACGGUCAGGGGUCCCUUUACCUUUACUUCAAGCUGCAGGUGGUGACUCCCAUCAGUGAAUGCUCCUAAGGUACACAACCCCCCAUAUCCCCCCAAAUACCAUGGUUAGUUGGUGAGAGCAGAGUUAUACCCUAGCCUUCUUCGCUGAUAUUAGAAUUCAGUGGCUCGCAAAAUAGGCAGUACCAUCCCGGAGCGGGGGGGGGGGGUAACCUGUGUGAGGGCCACUGGAACUGUACUUGAUUAUCAGAUUUUGAAAAGCUGAUAUCAAUAGAUCAAGUUCAUCAGGUUUGUUGAAUUAAUUGAAAUACUUUUAACUGGAUUUUGAAUAAAUGUGCAGUUGAUCAUUAUUAAUUCAAUUUAUAUACUGCCCUUUGUCAAAAGAUCCCAGGGCAGUGUACAACAUUAAAAACACAUUACAGAACAUAAAUGAUAAAAACAUAAUCAAAAACUUAAUUAAAAACAUACUGACAGGCAGCCCAAUAAUAAUAUAGUCAUCCUAAUAGCAGUCCUCUCCCUCACAUUUUCACAAGCCAUAGCUUAUUUAAUAGCCAUAGGCCUGGGUAAAGAGGAAUGUUUUUGCCUGGAGCCUAAAUACAUGUAUUGAUGGCAUCAGACAAGUCUCUCUGGGGAGAGCAUUCCACAAUCAGGGAGCCACUACAGAAAGGUCCCGUUCUCUUGUUGUUGCCCUCUGAACUUUAGCCUGGAGAAGAGGAGGUUAAGGGGUGAUAUGAUAGCCAUGUUCAAAUAUAUAAAAGGAUGUCACAUAGAGGAGGGAGAAAGGUUGUUUUCUGCUGCUCCAGAGAAGCGGACACGGAGCAAUGGAUCCAAACUACAAGAAAGAAGAUUCCACCUAAACAUUAGGAAGAACUUCCUGACAGUAAGAGCUGUUCGACAGUGGAAUUUGCUGCCAAGGAGUGUGGUGGAAUCUCCUUCUUUGGAGGUCUUUAAGCAGAGGCUUGACAACCAUAUGUCAGGAGUGCUCUGAUGGUGUUUCCUGCUUGUCAGGGAGUUGGACUCGAUGGCCCUUGUGGUCUCUUCCAACUCUAUGAUUCUAUGAUUCUAUGAACUUCUCUGGAAUGGGGGAUAUAUAGAAGGGCCUUAGAUGACAAGCACAGGGUCGGGUCACUUUGUAUGGGGAGAGGUGAGCCUUAUAGUAUUGAGCUCCUGAGCCAUGUUAUAGGUCAACACCAGCACUUUGAAUUGGGCCCGGAAACUAAUCGGCAGCCAGUGCAGUUGUACCAGGAUUGGUGAUAUAUGCUCAAACCAGCAUGUUCUGGUGAGCAAUCUGGCCAUUGCAUUUUGCACCAGCUGAAGUUUCUGAACUGUCUUCAGAGGCAGCCCCACGUAUAUCACAUUGCAGUAAUCCAACCUAGAGGUUUCCAGAGGAGGCCACAGAAAUCAGGCUAUCCCUGUCCAGAUAGGGGCACAGCUGAGCCAACAGCCAAAGCUAACAGAAGGCAUUCCACACCACCGAGGCCACCUGGGCCUUAAGCAACAGAAUGGAUCCAGGAGCACCCCCAAGCCACGUACCUGCUGCAUAAGAGGGACUGUAACCCUCUCAAGAGCAGGUAAUCUUCCACCUAACUGUUCUGGGGAACCACUCACUAACAGUGCCUCAGUCUUACCUGGAUUGCGCUUCAGUUUGUUGGCUCUCAUCCAGUCCAUUACCGAGGCAAAACAGUGGUCCUGCACAUCCACUGCCUCACCUGCAGAUGUACAGCGGUAUCUCGGGUUACAGACGCUUCAGGUUACAGACUCCGCUAACCCAGAAAUAGUACCUCGGAUUAAGAACUUUGCUUCAGGAUGAGAACAGAAAUCGUGCUCCAGUGGUGUGGCAGCACAGGAGGCCUCAUUAGCUAAAGUGCUGCUUCAGGUUAAGAACAGUUUCAGGUUAAGAACGGACCUCCGGAAUGAAUUAAGUUCUUAACCUGAGGUACCACUGUAAAGGAGAAACAGAGUUGUCUGUCAUUAGCAUACUGCCAACAGUGCAUGCCAAAACUCCAGAUGACUCCAUUCAGUGGUAUUAUUAAACAACAUGGGGCAUAGAAUUGAGCCCUGAGGGACACAGGAGGAUACAGUGGUCUAACAUGUAAUCCACCAGAUGUUGUUGGAUUCCAACUCCCAUCCCCCCCUGAUAUCUGGCCAUGCUGGCUGGGGGGAUGAUGGGAGCUGUAGUCCAACAACAUUAGGAGGGACACAGCCUCUCUGCUCCCUGUUUUAGAUCCAUAUUUGCCACCCACACUUAACCUUUUCAGAAGAGUGUAAGAGGUGUGAGCUCAGAUGCACCAAUAAAGGCAGAUGUUAGAUUUCUUGAGUAUAAUGCUGUUUCACUUAUUCAACAAUAGAUAAUAGUUCUAGUAUUUGCUUUAACACAGUUCUUUUCUAUGCUAGCUGCCUGACACACACAACUCCCACCUUCAGUCUUUCCCUGGCUGAUCAAUCAGACUCCAAUGCCCCAACCUGUAAUCAGCACAACACUGUUACCUACUAGCAGAUAUCUCACAGAACAAGCAAAAUGAGGCAGGCAGAAAACAUCGGCACACUCUUGCUGGCUGGGAGAGAAGAUCAGGCAGAGCAAGGAACGUGCAAUGCAAUCCAUCCUCUCCCUGCUUCUUCCUCUGUAGGUCUGCCCCUUCCUUGUACAGUGGAUGCUCGGGUUGCGAAGGUGAUCCAUGCAGGAAGCACAUUCACAACCCGCAGCAUUCGCAACCCACAGCGCCGCGUCUGCACACACGGGUUGCAAUUCGGUGCUUCUGCACAUGUGCAAGUGCCGAAACCCAGAAGUAACCCGUUCCGGUACUUCCAUGUUUGGCGCGGUGCACAACCCGAAAUCGCGCAACCCAAAGUGUCUGUAACCCAAGGUAUGACUGUACUUUGAUGAUAGGCCCGGAAAGUUCUUGCCAGUUGUUUUUGUUUUUUUAUCAAUCUUGUUAAAAAAAUUGAAAACAGGAACCUUCAGUUUAGCCACAUGAACAGCUGUCUAAUCUCCCCAUCUGUCAUUUCCGUUAAUCAGAAAAUUGCCAUCCCCCCCCACAAAUCAUACUGGCCCCCUGCUUUCCUAGCAACCUUAAUCUUUUUCAGAAAUCUGAUGAAGUAAUUGCUUGUGUUCUACCACUCCAGUAGUGGAGCUGGAUAACUGCUGCUUCUUGGAAAGCGUAGGUGAUGCAGAAGGCAUAGAAUAUCCUGGGGGGUGUUGUGGUUGCUAUAGCAAUUUAUCACCUGCCCUUUUGCCCAAGGUCCCAGGGCAGGUACUUUGGCUGAUUGGAUACAGCUGGGGUGUGGGUGUUGGCCAAGGUCCUGUUUUGCUAUAAAAGCAAGCGCUGCCACACUUUCCACCUUGGGAGCAGACCUACAGAAGACGGCGCGGGCUGGUUUGCACCUUUCCAGCCCCUGCCCUGGUCUGCUCUCCAAGCCAGCAAGAAGGUGCUGAGCUUUUUUUCUUGCAUCGGGCUCAUUUAUCCUGAGAGGUAAAUCAGGGGUGGGGAACCUCUGGCCCUCCAGGUGUUUUUGGACUCCCAAUUUCCAUUGCCCCAGGCAAUGUGGCCAAUGGUCAGGGGAUAAAGUCCAGCUACAUCUGGAGGCCCACAAGGUUCCCCACCCCUGAAGUAACAGGGUCUUUGUAGAAAGUAUGCUCGUACUUAUAGCACAUCUUAAAACCUGCAAGAAUUCUCAAAGCAGAGAUCGUCACUGCAGUUUUCAUGGUUCCACUCUCGAUGCCGCUUAUAAGUAAGUAAAUGUGAGAUAACAGCUGUCUAAAUCUUAGGGUUACGAUCUUUAAGUCUCAACUGUAUGCACACUUACCUGGAAGUAAGUCUCUGACUGAACUCAGUGAGACUUCCUUUUGAGUAGAUUGCAUAGGAUUGUUAGUUCAUUAACUGGUUAUAUUGAUUACCCAUUGUUAAUUACUUUUAAUUGUAUUAAUAUUUAACUUGCUUUUUCUGUAUUUAAACUGUUUUCCCCCUGUAUUUAUAUUACAAAUAAUAUUUGUCAUAGUGAAUUACAGCGUUUUUAUUUUUAUUUUUUAAAGUGUUUGUGUUAUCUGUCAAACCUAGCUCUUGAGAGAUGGGGGAGAUUAUGAUCUGGCAGGCAGGAGUUUUAGGUUUCAGUAGGUGGUGGGAUUCUGUCUUUAAUCUUGCACUCGCUCGCUCCCCCCCCCAUUUAAAUAUUUAAAAUACUGGUUAUAACGAAUUGCAGUAUAGAGAAAAGCGUUACCUGCCUUGAGAUGAUAGGAUAAGCAUGGGAAUCAUCGCACCAAAGAACCAGUGCGUGACUUGUAGGAAACAAAACCCGCAUUGUGUGUUGGGAUUGCGGGUGUGCAGGGUUGAGUUUCAUCCUUUUCACGUUUCUGCCUUGCAUUUCCAGUCUCGCUGCAGGAUAUCAACAUGCGGAAAGCUUUCAAGAGCUCCACCAUUCAGAACCAACAGGUGGUGUCUCGCAAUUCCAUCCCAAACCCUGUGAUGGAGAUGUACCAGCGGUGCGAUAAGCCCCCACCGCUCAACAUCCUUACUCCUUACAGGUAGGGCAUUUGGCUAAAGAGUCUCUGUUACUAACUCUGUACCCAUUUGGGGAGUCUAAUAAGUUUAAAAGAAAUUGUCCCGUGAUGGUUAGCUUAUGCAAUUUAGGUGUUCCUUCACAGCAAUGUGAAUGUUUUCCUUACUGAUAAUUUACCGUAUUUUUCGCUCUAUCAGACGCACCCGACCAUAAGACGCACCUAGUUUUAGAGGCAGAGAACAAGGGGGAAAAAAUUCUCUCCCUCUUUGCUCAGCGCCUCUCCAGCGAAGCGGCAGAAGAAACAGAGCCCCUUCCAUUUCUCCUGCCACUUCGCUGAAAGGGUGCUGCGCAGAGAGGGAAAGCUGCACAGUGCCUCUCCAGCGAAGCGAAGCCAGGAGAGCAAGAGGGAUCGGUGCGCUCUUGCUCUCCUGGCUUCAGUGAAAGCUGCGCAGCCUGCAUUCACUCCAUAGGAUGCACACACAUUUCCCCUUACUUUUUAGGAGGGGGAAAGUGCGUCUUAUAGAGCGAAAAAUACGGUAUUCUCUUUGAGGGUUUUUUUUUUUAAAUCAAGUGGUGUAUAAAUUUUAUGAAAUAAAAAUUAAAAUAGUUCUCUCUCUCUACCUCUCCCUCCCCCCUCAACCCCCCCCACUUGCUCUUUCUAGAGAUGACAAGAAAGACGGUUUGAAGUUUUACACGGACCCUUCAUAUUUCUUCAACUUGUGGAAAGAGAAGAUGCUGCAGGCAACAGAGGACAAGAGGAAAGAGAAACGCAGGCAGAAGGUACAUUUUUGUGAAGGGGGAAUAUAUAGGAGUUGGGAUUCAGGUAGUCUCUAUAGAGCACAUAAGCAGAUAAUCUGCCUGUCUAGAGAUGAUUGAAAGAGGAGAAUUCUCACACCCCACCGGAGAUUAAAUGCUAAAUAAAUGGUUGAUUACAAAAAGUUUUAAUUGGGUUUUGAUUAAAUAUGCAAUUCAUUGUUACUGCUUUGAAUUUUAUUGUGUUAUCUUUCUUAGUGGAUGGUGAAUAAUGCUUUUUGUAGGUUAGGGUAGGGGGCACUGGGCAUGAGUGUACAGAAUCAAGGGGGCAGUGACCCCACUGUUAUAGAAUAACCUAGACAACCUCAGAAUACAUGUGCGUGACCACAUUUUUGAAUCACCUGCAUUAUGAAAAAACAAACAAAGCACAGAUCUCAGUAAAUAAGGAGUGUGUUGAGCUGAAAGCAUUCUCACCUUUCGUAGUGCUGGGGUUUGUUUUUUUCUUGUAAGGAAUUAUUUACAUAUGGGAAACUCAAAUAUGCACACACGUGCACGCAUGCGCGCACACACACACACUCACUCACACACAUUAAAAAGAAACCCUCAGACUCUGCAGCCUGAAGGUGGUGUAUUCUGUUUUUACCCCUUGGGGAUUCUGUUCUAUUGUGGAGGCCAGCCAAGCCUUACAAUUCACAUCAGUAGCAGAAAGGUGGUUGACACAGCAGAUACUUUACUCUGUUUCUCUGCAGGAGCAACGGCUGGUUGAAGACUCCACCAGGGAAGUGAAGAAAGUGCGAAAGGCUCGCAACCGGCGGCUGGAAUGGAACAUGAUGGCAUACGAUAAGGAAUUCCGGCCCGAUAACAGGUUCUCACCAUCCCCAUAUCACAUGGCCUCAUCGGAAGGAUCACUGUCCCCAGAUAAUAGGCAGGUUUUAUGUAUUACACGCUUCGCUCGAUCUUUUUUCUUUCUUUUGCUGUUUUUGGGCUUGAUUAUUGUUUGACUUAUUAUUAUUUUUCUGGAUGCUUUUAUUGCUCACAACAGCAAGGGUUCUGAUCUGACUAGCUGGAGGUUCAGGGAAAUGAGGCCUUUUGACAAACUCUCCCCCUGCCCCAAAUAAAAAAAACCCCAAUGUUUGUUGCUCUGGGGCUGCUAAAUCAUUGCAUGGGCUUUGCUGCUGCAUUCACAUGAUGCUGAGAUAAGAAGUCAGUGUGCUGUUUGGAGCACAAGUUAGGAGUGCUUAAACCCCUAUAGAAGGCUAAUCUCUUAAACUGUGGUGCUAACUUCCUAAUCCAUGCCUGCUCCAUCCUUGCUGCAUGUGUGUGUUCCUUUUAGAGUGUGCGUGUGCGUGUGCGUGUGUGUGCAUGUGUAAAUGUGUGUGUGUGUGUGCGUGCACACACACACACACACACACCAUGCCUUGAUCCCAGCAGCUGAUAGAUGUCAUCUUAAUUUUCCCUUCAGUUUGGCUCCUUCCAUCCACCCACCCUAUUCAGGAGUACAACCUUUUGGUGUUUUUGUGUGUGACAGAUCUUAUGCGUCAGAUGCAGCUGAUCACUCAUACCCGGCCAGCCCUAACCAUCCUGCCCAGCAGAUAUUAGCUCCAGCCUCACACCUGUCAGCAGACAACAAAGAGGUCAUCCUGGUGGCUAACCAGGCCCAGGAACAUGUCUACAGGCCCUCAGCAGCAGGAAGCCGGCAGAACAGUCUCAACCGGGUCCAACAGCCCCAUGUACCGCAGCCGUCAGAGACUAUGCUAAAUGGACCGAGGCCUCAGAUAGUCAAGGAUUAUGGGUAUGGAUUCCUGCCUGCUUUCCUUCCCCUGUUAGGUGUGGCUUUCUGCUUUCAGAAAGAGAGUUUGGCACUUUCUAAAGCUACCAGGGUAUUGAUAGUGUAGGAAACUUGUGUAGGAAAGGUGUUUAGAAGCAGAAUGCAGUCAGAUCCAUGGAUAGCCAAGGAACUGGGAAACUUGACCCCAACCCCUUUCUUUGCCAUUGAUUUAUUUUUUAUUUUUGGUAUGGCCAAGCUCAAGUUUCCACCCUUUGGUUUCCACAUUGGAAAGCAGCUGGUCCAGAGAUCAGAUGAUUACAAGGAAUACAGCUGUAUUCGUCAAUCCUGGGAAACAUGAGGAAAAUAUAAAUAUUCCUCUUUAAAUACAUUUAUUGGAAGAUCAUAUGGGUUUUCCCCAUGGUAGGGCAGGCUUGCAUUCUGUAAAACCAGCUGGCAACAAUAUGGUUGCACAGAGGCUGCUCAUUGGUACAGUAAUGUGAGUGACAAUCUAAAUCCUACCAGGACUCCCAAGAGAGAACUUGAUUGUAUAUUAAUCACUGUUCAUCCCUUCAUGUAAAUGCCAGCCAGCAUCCAUUUCGCCCAGCCUGGGAAAGUGCUGGCAUCUGAAACAGCACUGAAUGCUGCUGGCUUUCUCUGGUGGCCACAAGGGCAGGCUGACUUCGCUCCGUUAGGCUCAGCAAGAAUCCCCUAUCAUUUCCCUGCAUCCUUUACUCACCUAGCACCUUUCCCCUUGAUUAAGUUCUGUCCCAGUUGUUCCUAGUCUUUGUCAUUACUCGGUAAAUGAAUGCUGAAAAUUGAGCUUAAGACCCAAAUUCUGCCAUUCCCAUGCUGCUCUUGACCCCCUUUUGCAUGGAGGCCCAUGGGCAGAAUUUACUCCCUCAUUGUUAAGUAAGUUGGCAUGUAAAUUCUUGCAAAUCAUUUUUUUCCUCCUUUGGAAGAAGAGGCAUCCCCAUUGGAAAAAUCAAACCAUGUGCAAGUCCUUGUAGGAUCAAUGGCUAAGGGCUGAUAUGUAAUGAGCUUCAAAAGCCAGGCUUGAAAAGAGACCAAGGGGGCUGCAUAGAAAAUAUAGAAAUGCAAUAGGCUGACAACUAUAGUUGGAUGAUCUGUAAAAUGUGAAAUAGCACUUCUAGACAAAGGGCUUAUCUAUACUUAGCUUUUGCCCUGCACUUUAUAGCAACAGGUCCUUGCUUCAAAGCUCCAUGUCCAAGUGUCCUUUUCCUCUCGGGACUUUCCCCUACAAAAACCUGUUCUUUAAAGCUGAAGUGCAACAAUUCAGGUUUUCCGUGGAUUGCUAUUUGCUCUGAUUCAUUGGUAAAGAGUGGGUUUUUGCAGGAAAUCUCCGGGGGCAGGGAAGCGGGGAGUGCUCAGAUGGAAAAUGUGGAGGAAAGUUAACUGUGAAUGAGCCCUAUGUGUGCAAACAACGGACUGUCUUUUUCAGGACUAUGGACAGCAGACAGCAAGAGAACAGUUACUUUUCCUAUGAGAUUUUUGUCUGGAAAAGGAUUUUAUUAAACUUGCCAGUCAGUUUUUCACCAUGCAGAUUGUUGUCCAAACAGACACAAUUAGUAUUAAACAUGUAUGCAAUCUGAGCAUGAGAUUUGUGCACACAGAGUAGUGAGUACAUUUGGGAAGCUCAUCUGAAUGCUAGUUGUGAGGAAUCACAGGUGGGGGAGGGUGCUGUUGCACGCAGAUCCUGCUUGCUGUGAGGUCUGUGAGAUCUGUGAGAUCAAUAUGGUGGACUAAAUGGGCCUUUGGACUGAUUCAGCAGGACUUUUCUGAUGUGUGUGUGUGUGUGUGUGAAUUUUAUUUUUUAAAAUCUCCUUAGAUGCUGCUGUUAGAAGGUAUAGUGGGUAAUGAUAACCAACAUGAAAUGGUUUUAUGCAACCUAAUUAUUACAUUAAUUGGGAAAGGGCCAUAGCUUAGUGGUGCAGCAUCUGCUUAGCAUGCAGAAGGUCCCUGGUUCAUUCCCUGGCAUUUUGAGGGGACUGGAAGAGACCCCUGCCUGAAACCCUGGCAGUAGCACUUCUUUUUUACCCCUUCUCCAAAAAUUAGAGGUUUUAGUCUAGUUUACUAUGGUCCCUCAGUCUUUACUGCUUAACUGCUUGCCUAGGAUAACAAAAGGUUUUUGCACAUCUUGGUGGGUCAUGAGUUGGGCAAGCUCAGCACAGGAGUUUGUUAGCAACUGGACUUUCUUGCACUAGUACUGGUUGCCAUUCUGUAUCUGGGUGCCUGCCAUGUCUGAGUACUGUGAAAAUUCCCAUGUAUGUGGGACUGUAUCUGCUCUAGUUUGCUUACUUCGAGGGAGGAGCUGCCUUUAACCAUAGCUCUAGCUCCAAAGUUGUACAGCAGUUUAGAAGGGCUAAACUUAAAAUAGCCUAAUUCUGUGACCUGAGCUGCUCAUCUGUUUUUGUUUCCAUUUUAUUAUAGAUGCAAUAAAAUAUCCAUAAAGAAAUAAUCAAACAAUUACAGCAGGUUGAAAACAACAUAAGGUUGAGCAGUAUCAUUAAACUUGCUGUUCCUAAACAUUACAAAAAAACACAAAUUCUUCCAAAACCUAUUAGGUUGAUUUAUGUGUAUUAUUUUAUAAUUAGUUAACUCAAUCAACUGUUACUAUAGACUAGGGUGUGUCCCCCGCCCCAAAAAAGCCCUUAACAUAUAUUAGGAGAUAUAACCUCACCCCUCCAUUUUUAGCUAUCAUAAUCUUAGCAGUUAUAAGGUUGAUCACUAUUUUUCGAUCAUUUCCAUAGAUAACACCUUCCAGAUAACAAAUUAGAAAUAUUUUCAGUUUUAACAGUGAGCAGUAUUAGAAACAUUAGCCUUUUGAAACAGAUUUUCAAAAUGUUUGUAUCUGAAAGAAGUUCCAAAAGAUGUGUCUGUAAUUCACUUUACUCAGUCCACGUAUCUAGCAUUUGUCUGAUGCCAACCUAUAUAUUAAGUUUAACUUGUAGAUUUUUUGUAUGUGCACCAUGUUUGAUUGGGCCAGAGUCUGUUUCAAAUUGUCUCUUUCCCUUUCUCGUUUCAGCCCCCAGCAAGUGCCAAUGGCCGAGUACUUUGUGCCACCUGCUCCCCCUCCCCCUCCCCCGGUGAUACCCUCCGCUCAAACUGCCUUUGACAGCCCUAUCUCUGCCCCUCCCACCAUGGCGUCCAAUGCAGCUGCCACUGCUGCUCACUCCUCUUACGCACCUUCCCCUCCACCGGCCCCACCUUGCCCCUACUCUGCUUCUCCCCCUCAGACUGGCCCAAUGGGGCCCCCUGUUGCACCUCCGCCCCCUCCCCCUGGACCCCCAACAAUUACCACCUCACCAGCUCACUUGGCCUCUCCCCCAGCCAUGACGGUUGAACCACGGAAGCCUCAGUUCCCGCUGAUACCAAUGAGUGAUGCCAGGAGCGACCUGCUUGCUGCAAUUCGUAGAGGUGAGCACCGGCUUUUUCUGUAUAGCAAUAUUCCCUCCCGCAAAGAGUCCACAUUUUUUUAUUUAUUUGUUUGUUUGCUUUUGAAAUUCUAAAGGGUAAAAAUAAAGUGAUUGGAAGCCAUUAAACAAUGCUCAUCCAAACAGCAUGUACAGGCAUCAGUGCUUCCAAUAGUACCUUCCAUGGCACCCAUGAAAGGUCUCAGUAAAUAUCUCAUCCAAAUCCACCAUUUGUGAGAGGCUGGCUGCUCUUCCGCCUCAGUUCCUGUUUGCAUUGGCUUGACCUCUCGUUCUCCUUAAACAGGAGACUUGUAGAGUGCUUGUCUUUGUGAGUGAGCAUGGUGUAUGAUGACUGCUGUAGAUGUAUUUUAUCCCCUUAAUGGGAGCAGUGGGGCAUCCAAGCCCACUCCAUUUUGUGGUCAUGCCUCUUUUUCUGCUGUUUUAUUUGUGGUAGUCAUUUUCUUUUAUGCCAUGCUCUAUGGCAGCUAUUUUUGUGGUUGGUGCCCACACCACAUUUUCAGAAUUCCAAAGGUGUCCAAAGGCCCCAAAAGGUUAGCUGCCCCUUAACGAAUGCAGAAUUAAUUAGUAUCAAACGAAUAGUGACUGGGAAGGCCUGUUUUGGCCAGGCCUGUACAAAUUGAUCACUGUCCCACAAUUCCAUCUACUCCCACCUUUCCAUGGCUAAGAGGAGAAGUGAAGUUCCAUUUCCCUCUACAGUUGGGGAGGAAGCAAUGCCUAUUGUUUGUGCUGAGCUGUGGAGGGUUCAGUGCAACUGCAGGGGAAAUCUCAGUCCAACCUCUGUAGCUCCAAGCUGGAAAUGGAAGCUAGAGGUGGAUGUCUAGGUAAUCAGGCCCUUUGGCACCAGGUGCCAAGACAAGCCCCAGAUUUUCCUCCGCCUUUAGCAAGGAAAAAUGGGUGGAUAAUGGCCACUCGAGCUUCCUAACAGCAAAACAAGCCCCAGCUCCAAAUUUGGAACUAGAGGUUGGUGGGGAUUGCCCCUGCUGUUGUGCUGGGCUUCUCAAGGUGAUCGAUUCCUGCAUUUCAGGGUGUUGGAUUUACUAACCCUUUGGGGGUUAGCUCUACAGAUCUGUUUGUAAGCUCAGUGUAGCUGCUGGGACCCCAGUUGGGACUUGGGAAGGGAACAGGGAUUGUCUUUCAUGGCUUGGAGUCUCAGUGUGAAGUCAGGUCCCAGCAACACACCUGCUCAGAAGCCAGUCCUCCAAAGUAUUUCUUCCUUUGCAAAUGCAGGGAUUCAACUCCGGAAGGUCCAAGAACAAUGGGAGCAAGAGGCAAAGAAAGAGCCAGUGGGCAAUGACGUGGCGACAAUCCUCUCCCGCAGAAUCGCCGUCGAGUACAGUGAAUCAGAUGAUGACUCGGAGCUGGACGAGAAUGAAUGGUCAGAUUGA